AUGGGUGGUUACAGGUUGAUGGAGGCCUAUCAGUAUGCCGUGGUCGAGCCAGAGGAGGAACCACCAUCCCAGCCAAUCCUGGGCGAGCUCACGGCCUCCCACGUCACCCCCGACUCCGUGCAGCUCGACUGGAGCGUCCCCGAGGGCACCUUUGACUCCUUCACGGUGCAGUACAAGGAUGCCCAAGGCCAGCCCCAGGUGCUGCCCGUGGACGGUGGUUCACGCUCGGUGACCGUGCCUGGGCUGUCACCGUCCCGCCGCUACAAGUUCAACCUGUACGGGGUGUGGGGUCGGAAACGCCUGGGCCCCGUCUCCACCGACGCCGUCACAGCUGCAGCCGAGCCAGAGGAGGAACCACCAUCCCAGCCAAUCCUGGGCGAGCUCACGGCCUCCCACGUCACCCCCGACUCCGUGCAGCUCGACUGGAGCGUCCCCGAGGGCACCUUUGACUCCUUCAUGGUGCAGUACAAGGAUGCCCAAGGCCAGCCCCAGGUGCUGCCCGUGGACGGUGGUUCACGCUCGGUGACCGUGCCUGGGCUGUCACCGUCCCGCCGCUACAAGUUCAACCUGUACGGGGUGUGGGGUCGGAAACGCCUGGGCCCCGUCUCCACCGACGCCGUCACAGCAGCCGAGCCGGAGGAGGAACCACCAUCCCAGCCAAUCCUGGGCGAGCUCACGGCCUCCCAGGUCACCCCCGACUCCGUGCAGCUCGACUGGAGCGUCCCCGAGGGCACCUUUGACUCCUUCACGGUGCAGUACAGGGAUGCCCAAGGCCAGCCCCAGGUGCUGCCCGUGGACGGUGGUUCACGCUCGGUGACCGUGCCUGGGCUGUCACCGUCCCGCCGCUACAAGUUCAACCUGUACGGGGUGUGGGGUCGGAAACGCCUGGGCCCCAUCUCCACCGACGCCGUCACAGCUGCAGCCGAGCCAGAGGAGGAACCACCAUCCCAGCCAAUCCUGGGCGAGCUCACGGCCUCCCACGUCACCCCCGACUCCGUGCAGCUCGACUGGAGCGUCCCCGAGGGCACCUUUGACUCCUUCACGGUGCAGUACAAGGAUGCCCAAGGCGAGCCCCAGGUGCUGCCCGUGGACGGUGGUUCACGCUCGGUGACCGUGCCUGGGCUGUCACCGUCCCGCCGCUACAAGUUCAACCUGUACGGGGUGUGGGGUUGGAAACGCCUGGGCCCCGUCUCCACCGACGCCGUCACAGCCGUGGUCGAGCCAGAGGAGGAACCACCAUCCCAGCCAAUCCUGGGCGAGCUCACGGCCUCCCACGUCACCCCCGACUCCGUGCAGCUCGACUGGAGCGUCCCCGAGGGCACCUUUGACUCCUUCACGGUGCAGUACAGGGAUGCCCAAGGCCAGCCCCAGGUGCUGCCCGUGGACGGUGGUUCACGCUCGGUGACCGUGCCUGGGCUGUCACCGUCCCGCCGCUACAAGUUCAACCUGUACGGGGUGUGGGGUCGGAAACGCCUGGGCCCCGUCUCCACCGACGCCGUCACAGCAGCAGCCGAGCCGGAGGAGGAACCACCAUCCCAGCCAAUCCUGGGCGAGCUCACGGCCUCCCAGGUCACCCCCGACUCCGUGCAGCUCGACUGGAGCGUCCCCGAGGGCACCUUUGACUCCUUCACGGUGCAGUACAGGGAUGCCCAAGGCCAGCCCCAGGUGCUGCCCGUGGACGGUGGUUCACGCUCGGUGACCGUGCCUGGGCUGUCACCGUCCCGCCGCUACAAGUUCAACCUGUACGGGGUGUGGGGUCGGAAACGCCUGGGCCCCGUCUCCACCGACGCCGUCACAGGGACAGUUGGCUGGUUGGGGAUUGAUGGGUGA